AGGUGAGGGGACACCAGAUGUAGUCCAGGAUGCAAUUAUGGUUAAAGUGUGAAUCUAAUAAUCUGUAUCAACAACAUUUAUAAUAACAGGCAUAGAGACACAUUUACCUUCUGUUCGAUACAGCACCAGAUCUCGAACAAGGUUAAACCAAAAUGAAGCUGGUUAUAGUUUUUGCGGUCCUAUCUAUUGUCGUCUUCCACGGGUGUCACAGUCUGAGGAUAAUACCCACCCCAAGGUUUCGUUAUCCAGUUUUACCCAAAUGGCGACGAUGGCCCAUAUGGCAAAGAAGAAUAUUUAUCUAUGGCAUCAUUGCUCCUGACAGAAAAGGAAGGGAUAUAAAGAAUGAUGUCGAUGUCGAUGGAGACGGGUUUGUGGAUGUAUCAGAGAUUGAGAAAAUGCUCAAUGAACGGGACAUCGGCGAUUUUAUGGACUCUAUGGAUGAAAACGGUGACGACCGUGUUUCCGUCGAUGAAUUCAUGCAACGGGCCACUGAUGCUUAAAACAACACCAUAUUACCCAAACGCAGGCUGACAUACUCUCGCGCACACACAUACGCAUAAUACAGUACAUACAUAUAUACACAUAUCAACAGGUCACUAAUGCUUAUAACAACAUCAUAUACCACCCUCCAGACACACACAAACAAUACACACACAAUACAUACACACAAUACAUACACACAAUACA